AUGCCCUCCACCAACCAGGAAAAUCCGAGCCCUUCCGCCUCCUCUAUCUUCCUUCCACUCGGUCGACGAGCGCGUCGGGACUCGAAAUCCUCUUUGCCACAGGAACUAGACCAAGAUGCCCUCAAUGAAGCGUUGGACACAAUCCACAACGCAGCAUCGCAAUCUAACAACUUGACCGUCUUCAACGAGUAUACCGAUCCGCCGGCAUCGAGCCCGAAUGCGGAAAAUAAAACCUUGGCGGAGGAGAUACAAGGUGGCAUCUCAGGGCUAUACAACAAACUGAUCGCAAGUGUGGGAACCGCGAAGGAUGUGGAAGAACAGCAUGAAGGACACGCUGCGAUACUCCAUGUCGAUGAUCGUGCCAGCUCGAAGUCUGGCUCCGCUCUCACAUCUAAGGCGCAGUCGCCCCGGCUGAAUGCCUUUGAAUCUCCUGCCGCAAAUGAUGCACCCCUACAGUUUUCGAAGCUGUCCUCCAAAGCUGCAAGCGUGAGCAAAGUUUCGGUGCCCUCAACCCCUGCGUUAAAGUCACCGACUGGCCCACCUCAACCUUCAUCAUUUUUGGCUGAUCCAUCGGUCACGUCUGUCAACAUACAUGCUGUUAGCUCUGCGAGUCACUCGAGAACAGGUUCGGGAUUUGAUCUGGACUCCCCGGCCCAAGAAAGGAGUCUGGCCGCCUCGGGAGACAGCGACAGUCUGCGGAGGGCUUUCUCCAAGCCAGGCAACGAGGGAGCUACAGCUGAUCGAGGAAGUCGGCUUGUCACUUCUCCCCAAUCGACAGCCAGUCAAAGGCCAAAUUCUCGAACUCUUCCACCUUCUCAUGAAAGGGGCUUAUCGUCUACAUCGGUACAGACCCAGUUGAGUCAGUCAGAUACCCUGCCUACUCAAGCCCUUGGGUCUUUGCAAGAUGAGAGGUCUCUCACCCGAGUUGUUUCCAAUCGACAAGACACUGCGCCUCACCAGAAGCAUCAUGCCAACCCACUGGACCUUUUGGCAGACAACCCUGCAAACUUAUCGAAAGCUGUGUCGGCUCCUCACGGCAAAGCCUCGGAAGCGCCUAGCCUGAUAUCUCCGCUCCCGAGUACUCUAGAGCGAAGGCCUCCUCCUAAACCGGCUCCGAAGAUAAGCCAAUCAAAAUUACCCGGGUUCCGAGUUUCUCGGACGUCGUCGUCAGAUUCCACGCUUGCCUCAUCAAUCAACCGCACUGAUCAGACCCGUCCUUUGAGUGACAAAGCCAAAAAUGCAGACGACCACGCUUCUCAGGCACGGCCUAUCAACAAGCUGCGUAGCAAGCUAUUGAGUAAGGAGUAUUGGAUGCGAGACGUUAAUGCAAAAGACUGUUUCCACUGCGGAGAGCCUUUCACUACAUUUCGCCGAAAACACCACUGUCGCACCUGUGGCCAGAUCUUCGACAACAAAUGCACGGUCCUCAUCAGCGGAAGUUAUUUUGGUGCCAACAGUGCUGUGAGGGUCUGCAAGCCCUGUGAAUCCAUCAUUACGUCUCAUGAUGAUGAUUCCUCCGAUUAUUCAAUAGAGGAGUCGGCUCCAAUCGACACUGCCGCUCGUCCGUAUACUCCAGAGCCCUUGUCGCACCGAGGUUCGCUCGCUCGAUUCGAGGAUGACAAUGUGUCGGUGACUUCGCAGUCGUUGGAACAAAUGGCCAAGACUCCAACCAUGAGCUUUCCCGUCCGUCGAGCUUUUGAAGGUGCCGAUCGGACUUCUGCAGUACUCGAGUUCGACACAACUGACCGUCCACUACCCCGACCCACUUCAUCGAGGUCUUUGAAGGCGAGCCAUUCCAUAGGCCACGGCCAUAAGCGACAUCAUUCACGGCAUCAGCAUAUACGGAACUUCAAGGCUUAUCACGAAGACCGAGCCCCGUUCCAACGUCGUGGUGCUGAAGAGACUCUCAAAGAGGGCAAAGCUUCCGCGUUCCAUCGCGACAGUAUUAUCGAUCCCGACCUCGCGCAGUACUUAUCAGACGACCCUUCUAGCGAAGACGAGCAAUCGCUCAACGAAGUUCUGAGCAGCCCCGACAAGCUGUCACGGAGUGGACAUGAGAGUGACAAAUCCACCCUAGGAGGUCUUCUCGCCGCUGUCCGCAAAGGACGUUCACGCAUUGGAGAUCGCAGUAUUGCUGGAUUUCUGAGCCUAGGACGUGAUGCCGAUGAUGUGAGUGUUGCCAGCUCCCGCAACAUUGAUAUGCUCAGAAAUUCUCGGAAGCGCAACUUGAGUGUCUCGAGCAGUAUUCAUCAGCGUGGGACCCCCAGAACAACCAGGGAACGCUUGCAUAUAAUCAUCCCUGGAGCUCAGGAAGAUGUGCAGGCCGGCUCUCCAGAUAUCUCGAACGGUUAUCGGGGUGGUUCAAGAAUGAUUCGAAGUGCGUCGAUGCGUGGUGUAGCUGCUCCGCCCAUGGAACUCAAUCGCGCAAGCAUCCAGCACGUACACAAGCUCCUUCAGCAGCUUUUGAAAGAUGCCAAUGUCCCGAAAGUUUCAAGUUGGGAAGACGCCCUCAUCCCGAUAUUGCUCAAGGCUACUGACGACGUGGACCCUGACGUUCAGGGCGGCGACGACAUUGACAUACGAAACUACGUCAAACUCAAGAAGAUUCCAGGUGGCAAGCCUGGCGAUACGGCGUACAUCUCUGGACUCAUAUUCACCAAAAAUGUGGCCUUGAAGAGCAUGGCACGCUCCCACUCGAACCCGAAGAUCUUGAUCAUCACCUUCGCGCUGGAGUACGCAAGGCACGAACAACACUUUAUGAGUCUUGAUCCCGUCAUUAGGCAAGAAAAGGAAUACCUGGCGAACCUCGUCGGCCGGAUUGCUGCCCUGAAACCGGAUGUCCUCUUGGCCCAGCGCAAUGUAUCAGGCCUCGCACUUGAGCUUCUUGACAAAGCCAACAUCACCACCAUUUACAAUGUGAAAUCAUCGGUUCUGGAGGCUGUCUCACGCUGUACGCAAGCUCGAAUUGCCCAUUCGAUGGACAAACUCACCUCGCAACCAGACCCGUUGGGCAGUUGCGAAUCCUUCGAAAUCAAGACUUUUGUGGCCAAUGGGAGGAAGAAGACAUAUGUCUACCUCACAGGUUGUCCUCCAAAACUCGGCUGUACAAUCGCACUGAGGGGUGCGGAUCGAGAAACGCUGGCCAAGAUCAAACGUCUCACCGAAUUUACGGUGUAUGUGGUCUACAACCUGAAGCUUGAAACAUGUUUGAUGAGGGAUGAGUGGGCUCUGAUCCCGACGGCUCUAUCCGAAAAGCAUUCAGACACGAGCAAAACACCGGCUAAUUUGAUGACCAAGAACUUCCCACCCGGCAGCGAUGGUGACGCGCUUUCCAAGAACGCUGAUGAACACAUUUCGAAAGCCGAAGAAUACAGCAAAGACUAUGCCGACGUCUCCAAUGCAGAGGUCAUCACCUCAGAGAAGGAAGCAGAGCCCUUCCCAGCUGUCGGGGCGGACGGCACAGACACGGUGCCUAUUCCGGAUGACAUUCCCGUGCCCAUGUUUUAUGAAGACCUUGUGCUUAAGCACGAAACCCGGAUCCUGUCUGCAUCACCAUUUGUCAAGUUUGCCCAACCGUAUCUCCUGAUGCGUGCGCGGGAGCUGGAGAGGCGUGUUGCCUAUCUGAAGAGACUUCGAGACCAAGACCUGUCUGCUGAACAGACCAUGGACGACAAAGUCAAGGCGGCGAAAUUCACUCUGAUUCAGCCGGAGAUGGUGCAUCGACCACUUGCUGGUGCCGGCAAGAAGGUUCGAGAGAUCAUUCACGCUGUCCACGAUGCCGAAUACGACAAGGCCCUGCACAACUACGAAACUCAGAAGAAGCAAUGGGAAACAUAUCUGUCCGGGAAUCGCAACUUGUUCGACCCUUAUGCUCAUCAAAACAUUGUUGUCCUGUUCAGCCAAGUCUCCACCGAAACGUCUGUUCCUUGCUCCGGGCCAGACCUUCUUGCCUUCAGCUUCUACAAUGAACAUGAGACCGAGGCCGAGUUCGAAGCAGAUUGCACUCUCGGACAAUACGUGGAGGACUUAUGUUAUCAGGCAAACGAGAUUUGCCAGUCGGAAGCCUGUGAAAGAAAAAUGUAUGAACAUCAUCGGCAGUAUGUUCACGGAGAAGCACAAAUCACUGUUUUUGUUCAGCCAUACCCGGCCAAAAUGCGCGGUUUUCAGGAUGUCAUCCUGAUGUGGAGUCAAUGCAAGAUCUGUGGCGUUGAGACCACCGUCACGCCCAUGUCGUCGAGCACCUGGAAAUAUUCAUUUGGCAAGUAUCUUGAACUGUCUUUUUGGAGCGCGGAUUUGCAUGCUCGUGCAGGCAUAUGUCCGCACGAUCUCCACCGGGAUCAUCUGAGGUACUUUGGCUACAAAGAUUUCGCGCUUCGUGUCCACUACGAUCCCAUCGAUUUACUUGAGAUUAUCGUUCCGAGAAUGAGGAUCACGUGGAAAGUGGACAAUGACCUGAAGUUUCGCAAUGAGGUCUAUACCCGGUUGGAGCAUCGGAUCACCCGAUUCAUGGUGUCUGUCAAACUUCGCUUGAAGAAUAUCAAUCUGGACGCCGUUCUCCCCGAAACCAUCGAGGCGUGCCGAGCUGAGAUCGACCGAUUGACCAAGAGAGCCACUGAAGAGCAUGCGAAUCUUAUCAAACAACUUCAAGAGCGCUACACCAACUCGCGUUACUGGGAGACGAUACCGCUCAAUGGUAUCCUCCGCGCGACACAGGAAAAGGUGUCUGAAUGGGACAAUGCGUUUGCUGAUUUUGAGAGAAACUUCUUUCCCUCCGAGAGAGAUAUCCGACGACUGGCCGCUUUGCAACUGCGGAAGAUCUUUCUCGAACGAGACGCUUCUGUUACGUCUCUGGUCUCUACGGAUGAAGGCACCGAAACUGCUCCCACUGAAGAGUUGGUUGACGAAAAAGGAUCACCAGAAGCCCCAUUGUCAAUCGACGAGCUUGAAAAAGGCACAAGUCUUUCUCGUGAGCAGACGCAAGAUGUCCUUCAGUCGGUUUUGGAGGAGCAAUCAACCGCGCCUGCAUCAGGGCAAAAGUCGACUGCACUUUCGGAUCUGAAGAGGUCGGAUUUAGAGAAUCUACCUUCUGUCUUGGAUGGACCCAGGAAUGUAGAGGAUGUGAAGCAUCUCGACUUGGCAAUAGCAUCGCCGAGUCAGCGUCCAACCCUGGUGGAAGAUGAAUUCAGUAUGCAACCCGCGGCGACUCUGGAUCUCACCACUGAUGCCAAAAGUGCCGAUGUUGGACAAGAUGGCAACAUCUUACCCCCUGCCACAGGGGAAGCGUCCAGAGCACUUGGAAUCCCCCCCUCAACCUCAGGCAUACAACCGGUCAUUAGGCCUCAAGUUGUCGCCAACGAUCUCGGCACACCUCGCACCGCGCGGCGCAGCCAUGAUGGUAGAUCCACAUCGCCGACGUUGGCACGCGCGCAUUCUCAACCAGCCGGCACAGUGACUCUGCGGCAAAAUGUGGGACAGGCCCCGUCCAGCACGCUUUCGGCCAUCAACGCAAUUCAUGGCUUCGCGGCAGUCCACAAUAAACAAGGGUCUUCUUUAUCUCCAGGCAUCGGUGAUUCGAGUCUACAGGUGCCUGAGAAGAAGCUGUCUGAGCGACUGGGAAUUUCCCAACUGAAGAAGAACACAUUCCCUAAGGGACACUCCCUGAUUCCCCGAGCCAUCAACACGCGCAAGGAAUCACGUGUUUCGAAUCUAGCCAAGCACUUCGAACAGCUGAGCCGCGAGUUCGAGAGGGAGCGCAUUCGAGAACGCAGACUUCGGGCUGCUCGGAAUAGACAGUCUCGCGUCUAUCCCUUGGCCGUCUCGAGGCCCAUUGUUGAAGUGUACAAGGAUGUCGAUGAAGCGGUGGAUGAAAGAGGUGAUUCGGAUGACGUCUUCGGUCUAGAUCUUGACUCGGUGCAUGACGCCGGAAAGACAGCAGAUACAGCUCAAGGAAUGGCAGAGACCACGGCUUCCCGAGGGGCCGACCAGGAUUCCGACGUCGAGGAGAUACCGGCAGACACCACUGAAAAUGAAGCCGACAUUCGAAGCUCAAGUCAUGCAGCCUCUGAAAAUGAAGAUCGAAGUGACAACGACGAGAUGUCAGAACAUGUCCAGUUGCCGGAGUCCCCAGAGGAUCUCCUGCGAAGGUCGCAAGACGACGUGGACCUCAAAGAACUGCCCAAGCAUGAACGGACUUCCUUGAUGAAGAUAUUGACCAACUUCUGGGCGGAACGUUCCUCGAGUGGUUGGACGGCCUUGGAAUAUCCCCUAGGGGGAUCUGAACAUAUCUUCGCAGAUUGUGACAUUAUUGUCCGUGAGGAUGAGCCAAGUUCUAUCAUUGCGUUUGCGUUGGACUCACAAGAUUACAAGACCAUGUUGCAUGACAUGCAGAACCGCCCUAUCCGCGACAAUAUUGCUACGGGCCUGAGCGGACACGAUCAUGCCGACGACUUGCAGGCUGAUGUCAUGCAUUCACUCUUGCGGAAGACGGGAACCCACCUGAAAUACCAAUUCCAAGAAGGGCCUGCCAAAAUGCUGUGCAAGAUAUUCUUUGCCGAGCAAUUCGACGCAGUACGGCGGAAAUGUGGUGUCGCCGACCGGAUCGUGGAAUCCCUGUCUAGAUGUAUGAAGUGGGAUUCCAAAGGCGGCAAGACCAAGUCCAUUUUCCUGAAGACCCUGGACGAUCGGUUCGUUUUGAAGUCCCUGUCACCGAUCGAGACGCAGUCCUUCCUCAAAUUUGCGCCCAACUACUUCCAAAUCAUGUCCGAGGCUUUCUUCCACGAACUACCGUCCGUCAUUGCCAAGAUGUUGGGCUUCUACCAGAUCAUCAUCAAGAAUCCUGUCACCGGGCUUGAAUACAACUGGUUCCUCGUCCUCAUGGAAAACCUCUUCUAUGAUCGCAUUCCCACCCGAAUCUUCGAUCUGAAGGGAAGUAUGCGGAACCGCAAGAUCAACGCCACGGGCGAAAAGAAUGAAGUCCUUCUCGACGAAAAUAUGGUCGAAUUCAUCUACGAGUCACCGCUGUUCACCCGCGAACACAGCAAGAAGCUCAUCCGGUCAUCCGUCCACAACGACACACUCUUCCUGGCGCGCCAGAAUGUCAUGGACUACAGUCUGAUGCUUGCGAUCGACGAAACGCGCAAGGAACUCGUGGUCGGGAUCAUUGACUGUAUCCGCACAUACACGUGGGACAAGAAAUUGGAGAGUUGGAUCAAAGAUCGAGGAUUCGCUAGAGGCGGCAAGAACAGGCCCACCGUUACCAGCCCGAAGGAAUACAAGCGAAGAUUCCGCGAGGCCAUGAAUCGCUAUGUUCUCGAGGCCCCGAGCUGCUGGUACCAGUUCAAACCGGUCAACCGGCUUGACCGGAGAACGCUCAUGAUCGAAGGUGACAAGGACGGCGAAAAGGGGGAGAAUGAGGUGCAGGUUCUGGAUUAG